CCAGAGUUUGUUUUUCUCGAUCCUCUUCCUCUCAUCAGCUCUCUUUCUAACCGGAGCAGCUAAUAUUAAUAUUGGUGCGAUAGUCAACACCACUUUACGCAUCGGAAGGGAACAGAAGGUGGCGAUGGAGAUCGCAGCCCAACAUUUCAACUCCUCUUCUUCGCCAAUUUUUCUGGGUGUCAGCGAAUUAAACAGCAGCGAUCCCUUCGAAGUGAUCACAAGAGCUAAAGAUCUCAUUAGCUGGGGAGCGGAUGCAAUCAUCGGCAUCGGAACAUGGCCCGACGUCGCAACGAUACUAUCUCUUGCCGCAACACCAACCUGGUCAUCGACCAUGCCGUUCGUGGUUCAGAUGUCGUAUCCAGCCACUGGCGAGAUGCGCUGUCUUGCUGCCAUCAUAAGAUCGUUUAACUGGAGGCGAGUCAUCGUCAUCUACGAAAAAGAUAUAUAUGGCAGUUCCUCCGGAGUCCUCGAUCUCUUUUCCGAUGCUCUUCGAGACAGUGGUUCACAGAUCGACUACCAUAUAGCCUUCCCACCAUUGCGCACAGUCUCUAACGCAACCGAUAUGAUCCGCCGAACGUUGACGGGCAUUCCGCGACACCUAUCGAAGGUGUUCGUCCUCAUCCGAUCCUCACUAGAGCUGACCGUGGAAUUGUUCGAGCAGGCAAACGAUAUGGGAAUGAUGGCCAAGGAUCAUGUAUGGCUCGUGAAUGACGACGUCACCGCCCUCCUCGACUCCACUCUCACCCCUUCCUUCAUCUCUUCCUACAUGCAAGGCGUGAUCGGAAUCAGCACCUACUUCAACACCACCACCAGCUCCUACCACAACUUCUCUUCUGAUUUCCGGCGACGAUUCAAGCAAGAGUACGAGCUCAAAGGGGAGCAUCUUUUCGAACCAGGGAGGCAUGCAGUCGGAGCAUAUGAUGCAGUGCACGCUAUCGCCAACGCAUCAGCAGCAAUAGCAACUAAGGCUGAGACCGGAAGUGUCACAACGUUACAAGGUAACCUCUCGACCAACUUUACUGGUUUGAGCGGCUUUAUAGAAUUCACAAGAGAUGGGCUUUUACCUGAGUGGCGAAGCCACUCGACCUUUCGUGUGCUAAACGUAGUAGGGAAGAGUUACAAGGACCUAGGGUUUUGGUCAGAAGGACAUGGUUUCUUUGAGGACGAAGCAGACAUAAGGCUAGACGUCUUGCGUCCAGUUUUCUGGCCGGGAGACACAGACAAGAUCCCAGGAGGAUGGGGAACGUUGAAGAUUGGAAUACCUAAUGCCACAUCCUUCGAUCAAUUCGUUAAGGUGGAGUAUGACAAAGAUGGGAAGCUGCAGCCUACUGGAUUCUGCAUGGAUGUCUUCCGGGAGAUUCUGAAACACCUCAACUAUGAUCUAAUCUAUGAGUUCGAAGCUUUCAAUGGCUCCUAUGAUGAUCUCGUUAAUAAGGUCCCUUCCCAGGAAGUGGAUGCUGUGGUGGGGGACAUCACAAUCCUAGCAAAGCGGGCAGUGAAUGCUACGUUUACUGAGCCCUUCCUCUCAUCCGGCCUUUCCAUGUUGGUCCCUGUGAAGCCUAACCACACGCCAUGGGUGCUCACGAAGCCAUUCACCAAGGAGGUGUGGUUUCUGAUCCUUGCCACCCUCGUCUACACCGCGGGCGUCGUCUGGUACCUGGAGCGCGAGAGCAACCCCGAGUUCCACGGCACUCCGUGGGUGCAGCUCCAAGCUACGCUUUGGUUAAUCCUCUCCAGCAUCUUCUUCGCCCACGAGAGGGUUUAUAGCUAUUACGCGAAAACAGUGGUUAUAGUUUGGCUUGUCGUGGUGUUGAUCUUGACGACCAGCUUCACGGCCAACCUCAGCUCCAUUUUAAUCAUUGAGAAGCUGGAACCGGUGCCACCAGGCAGUAGGGUUGGCUGUGAUGGAGACUCGUUCGUUCCCAAGUACCUUCAGCAAGUGUUGCACUAUAACAAGAGCAGAAUUGAGACGAUUGGCCAACCAGAAGAAUACGUCAAAGCCUUCAAGAGUGGGAACAUCACGGCGGCCUACCUCGAGACGCCGUAUCUCAGGGUCUUCCUCUCCCAGCAUCAAGAUUUCAGUGUCAUUGGGGAGACACACAGGCUCGGAGGCUUCGGCUUUGUGUUCCCUGAACAUUCUCUUCUGGCGGACGACUUCUCCGAAGUCAUACUACAACUAGAAGAGAACGGGACACUGAAAGAGCUGGAAAACAAAUGGUUCACCAUUACCUUGUCCAACUCCCCCCCACUGGACGACAAGAGGGAGAGUGACAGCCUCAGCCUGGACUGCUUCUGGGCACUUUUCCUCUUCACGGGCUGCACCUCCACCAUCGUCUUGCUUCUGAACGGGACCGGCACAUCGGUAGCAGUCCUGCGCCGCAGCUUUAUGGUGCUUUGGCGUUCCACCAGAAAUCUCAGUCCAAGAGAAGGUUUAGAGCUUCCCAAGGUGGUGCAGAUAUCUUCACACCAAGAAGAUAAUCAUCAUGCAAACACCAUUGAUAUCGUUUAAGACAAAUAUAUAUGAAAUGUAUAUACUAGUACUCACA